UUCCGAGUGUGAACUAUGGCGGGCCGGACACUAGCUCUGCGAUAUGGGCCCCCUUGGUCCCCCAUUUCUGAAACUGAGGUUCCUGGAACUUGGCCCAGCUGGCAUCUCACCAGCAGCGGGGUCGCCCACCACAGGAUCCCACCGGCACCCUUUCCUCCGCCCAUUCUACAGCCUACCGUCCUGGCACCCCUGCCCGCAGCCGUGAGGCACGACCCGCACAUCUGGGCCUUUGACGAAGUCAUCAGCAGAUGGGAAACUACCUCAGGCUCGGCACACAGGCCCAAGACACACGGUGGGCCCUGUGCUCAGCCCAAGGCAGCAGAGCAUGAGGACCCUGGGCGGGUACUUGGAAUCAAGUCUUUGGCAGAGAAGCUAAGAAGACACCAGGGUUGGGGUGUCCCCCUGGACACAAAAUACCAGAUCAGUGAGAUGAAGGCACAGUACACGGGCUGCCCAGGUCUGGACCAGAGUGCCCCUCUCUUUGUGGAGCCCCAACCCCCGGAGCUUGCUGACCACCACCGUGGGGGCCCUUCCCAGGCCCUAAUCCCCUGGACGAGAAACCCAGAGCUGGCUGGCCAGCCCUUUACAGUGUGUAAGAUGGGUGUCCUGGGCCGCCUCCAGCCCUAUCUGACCACCUCUGUCCGUGACUUCUCCAGGAAGGAACUGUCUGGAUACCCUGGCCGGGAAACAGUGGCGAAGACACAGGCCUCCCGCCACCUUAAGCUGCGUGGCGGUCUACCAAGGGAGCGCCUGGCUCGUGCACGUCCAGUGCCACCAGCUGUGCCAUACCUAGGGGCCCUGCCUCUGACCCAGGAGUCUUAUGGGCCCUUGGUGCACCCGCUCCGCAAGCUGGACCGCUUUUGCCCACUAGAGGCACCCUGGGGAGGCCCCCACCCGAAGCCAGUGCCUGGCAUCUACAGCGUGCCCAAGGCCUACUGCACAGAGAACUCCCGCUAUGGGAGUGCCAGGGCAGAGCUGGUGUGAACACGUGAGCCCUGCCC